AUGGCGCCGAGCAACAGAGGCUGGGCGAUGAUCGAGAUCGUCUCGGUCUUGGUUGGUCUAUGCUUGAUUUCGACUGUGUUGCGAGUCUUUGCUCGAUUGAGGAGGAGAGUUGGUUUUGGCAUUGAUGAUUACCUUAGUAUGGGGUCAAUGGUGCUGAUGAUUGGAAUGUUGAUCGAGUUGAUUCUUUGGUGUGCAAUUGGAGGCAAUGGAACCCAUGUCACAGAACUGAGCCCCAAGACCCUCACGAACUACUGGAAGAUCUUCCUCGCCAACCAAUUCAACUACUUCCUCCUCUGCCCAGCGAUAAAAAUAAGCAUAAUCUGCUUCUACCGCCGAGUCUUCACAACCCCCAAAUUCCAAACAGCAACCUUUGCCCUAAACGCCCUCAUAGCAGCCUGGGGCACAGGGAUCUUCCUCGCAUGCGCAGGCCAAUGUCGACCCCUUCGUGCCUACUGGGACAAAUCAAUCGAAGGAACCUGCUUCAACGCCAAUGAAUUCAUAAUCGUCAACCAAGCCUUCAACGUCUUAAUGGACUUCGCCAUCCUCAUCCUCCCCAUCCCAAUGAUCUGGAACCUCCACCGCGCCUGGCAAGACAAGCUCGCGCUGAACGGUGUUUUUGCACUAGGUGCGUUCGUCUGUUUCGCCAGUAUCUACCGCAUCGUCGUGCUUUUCUGGAUUAGUCCGGAUGAUCCCACGUAUACGGUUUACCAGGCGACGCUGUGGACGCAUGUUGAGCCUGCUGUGGGUCUGAUUUGUUCCAAUCUGCCGAUUAUUCGCGGUCUUUUCCCCGCGUUGAAGUUGAAGAGUUCGCGCAAUGGCACUGGGCCCGCGUAUAUCAAUACGGAUUAUUCGAACUCCAUGUUUUUGUCGAAGUCUUCGCCGAGAUCGCCGGAUUUGGAGUAUAUGAAGAUGCAGGCGGGUGUUUAUAAUACUCAGAUUGAGAGUCCUUCGCCUGGGUUUUUGGGGUCUGAUCUUAGGCCGUUGAAUAUUAAUGUUCAAACGGAUAUCUCUAUCUCGCCGGAUAAUAACUCGACGACCACGCUUACUCAUUGA